GUUUGUUUAAGUCUGGUGGCUAUACCUCUUCCCUUUCGCUCUCCCUCCUCUUGGUACGAGGGUGACAGCUGCUGCUUGUGCGCUCCCAUCCGUUUGGCUAUUUCCUGAAUGCUUGUGAAUGACACCGCGCUUAAGUCAACAUCGCGCGCUCCUUACACUAUAGCCCACACACUUCAGCAGUGGGUUCAUCAGUCAAAGGGACCUCUCAGCGCGGGCAUGGGUCUUGUCCUUCUACCCCAGCCGUCUCCUGCUGAGUGAAUGGACUCACACCAAACAGUCAAGUUUGGUCUUUUCUUCUGCAGUUGGUAUUUCUUUCUGACCGGUUUUGUGUGCGUACAAGAGAUCGAAUCCAUUUCGCUGAAAGGGACUGAAAAGCAAGUACAGUCAAAGUAGCAAUGAUGAGGAUGUGUCGCUUUACCUUGCUUGUGCUGUACGUGUUGUCCAGUUUUGUGCGCAACGCAUUCGCCUUUACAGACGAAUUGGCGGAGAGAUCGGGGAAAUCUGAUGGCUAUUGUAGCAGGAUUCAGCGGGCUCAGACUCAGGGCACUCGCAAGGAUGGCCAUCAUGAGUUUCGGCUACGGAUUGAAGGAGAUCCUGAACAUUACCAACCUGGGAGUACAUAUAGAGUGAGUUUGCUUGCCACCAGCCCAGCAUUUUUCCGGGGCUUUAUACUGGUAGCCCUGAGAGAGGGAAGAGAGGGGCUGCGUGAUGAUGAUUAUGCAGGCAGUUUCCAGAUCAUCGACGAGGACGACACUCAGUUCAUGACCAACUGCCCGCCUGCUGUGACUGAGAGUACUCCCAGGAGACGCACCAGAAUCCAGGUGUUCUGGACAGCACCUCCCUCCGGUUCCGGCUGCAUCACCCUCAAAGCCAGCAUUGUACAGAAGAAGAUCAUCUACUUCCAGGAUGAAGGAUCCCUAACCAAGAGAAUGUGUGAACAAGACCCUCAGCAGGCAGAAAGCUCGAGCAGACCCCAGCAGGAGUGCUGUGCCUGUGGAACAGCCAAGUACAGGGUGACCUUCUAUGGCAACUGGUCUGAGCAGAUCCAUCCCAAAGACUACCCCAGACGUGCCAACCAUUGGUCAGCCCUUAUUGGCGCCUCGCACUCCAGGAACUACAUGCUGUGGGAGUACGGGGGCCUGGCCAGUGAGGGCGUGCGGCAGGUGGCAGAGCUGGGCUCCCCUGUCAAGAUGGAGGAGGAGAUCCGGCAGAAGGGUGAUGACGUGCUGACAGUCAUUAAAACCAAGGCACAGUGGCCAGCCUGGCAGCCUCUCAAUAUCCGGACGGCCCCAUCAGCGGAGUUUUCGGUGGACCGCACAAGGCACCUCAUGUCCUUCCUGACCAUGCUGGGCCCCAGCCCCGACUGGAAUGUGGGCCUGUCGGCCGAGGACCUCUGCACCAAGGAGUGCGGCUGGGUGCAGCGCCUGACACAAGACCUCAUCCCCUGGGACGCCGGCACCGACAACGGGGUCACCUACGAGUCACCUAACAGGCCCACGCUCCCCCAGGAGCGGAUCCGGCCGCUCACCAGCCUGGACCACCCCCAGAGCCCCUUCUACGACCCGGAGGGCGGCGCCAUCACCCCCGUGGCCAGGGUGGUGGUGGAGAGGAUUGCCAGGAAGGGAGAGCAGUGCAAUAUUGUGCCCGACACGGUGGACGAUAUUGUGGCAGAUAUUGCCCCCGAGGAGCCGCAGGAAGGAGACGACACCCCGGAGACGUGCAUCUACUCCAACUGGUCCCCGUGGUCAGCCUGCAGCUCGUCCAGCUGUGAUAAGGGCCGGCGCAUGAGGCAGCGCAUGCUGAAGGCCCAACUAGACCUGAGCGUGCCCUGCCCCCACACCCAAGACUUCCAGCCCUGCAUGGGGCCCGGCUGCAGCAACGAGGAGUCGUCCACGUGCAUGAUGUCGGAGUGGAUCAGUUGGUCCCCGUGCAGCGUGACGUGCGGGAUGGGCAUGCGCUCCCGCGAGCGCUAUAUCAAGCAGUUCCCCGAGGACGGCUCGUUCUGCAUGCUGCCCACCGAGGAAAUUCAGAAGUGCACAGUCAACGACGACUGCUCGCCCAGCAGCUGUGUGGUGACGGAGUGGAACGAGUGGGAGCCCUGCAGCGCCACCUGCGGGAUGGGCAUGAAGCGGCGCCAGCGCAUGGUCAAGAUGCCCCCCUCGGAUGGCUCGCUGUGCCACGUCCAGCUGGAGGAGGUGGACAAGUGCAUGAUGCCAGAGUGCCACUCCUUCCGCUGCAUGCUGUCGCCCUGGUCGGACUGGAGCGGCUGCAGCACCACGUGUGGCAUGGGCAUGCGCACGCGCCAGCGCAUGUUCAAAUCACCCGUGGAGCCCGGAGAGUGCCCCGACGAGCUGGAGCAGGUGGAGAAGUGCAUGCUGCCCGAGUGCCCGACCGACUGCAUGCUGUCUGAGUGGUCCGAAUGGUCUGAGUGCAACAAGUCGUGCGGCAAGGGCCACACCAUCCGCUCACGCAUGAUCAAGCUGGAGCCGCAGUUUGGCGGCACGCCCUGCCCGGAGACGGUCCAGCGCAAGAAGUGCAAGAUCCGCAAGUGCAAGAAGCCCACCAAGAGGCCGCCGCAGCAGCAGCGGGCCGACGUCCGGCCUGAGGAGAGGAGGAGGGGCAAGGCCGGCCGACGCCCUCCCCAGGAGGAACCAGCAGGAGGAGGAGGUCAGUCUGGCACAGGUUGCAAGAUGCGCUCCUGGUCCAGCUGGACAGAGUGCAGCAAGUCGUGUGGAGGGGGCAUCCAGGAGCGCUUCAUGAGCUCCAGGAAGAAGGCCAAGGCCGCCCAGACCAACGCCUGCAGGGACCGCAAGGAGAUCCGCGCCUGCAACGUGCAGUCAUGCUACAGCUAAACGCGAGGGCACUGUGGUUGGUUAUUACAUAGGGGGUGCUACUUUGUUUGUUUGUUUUUGGUUUUGAAAUAAUGACAGCUGAAGAGUAUCAUAGGGCUGCUCGAGAGCAGGUUUGAUUUGUAAAGUGGUAAACCUAGGUGGACUGCAGUGAUUUAAGACACCAGGAGCUCACAGGAGGAGGGGGGUUACACUCCUUUCCACAGAGGUCUUUGUUAGAAUUUUAUUUUGUUUUGUUUAUUUGUUUUGUUUAUUGUUAGAGGAUCACUGAGAUGUAAGCUGACUAGACUGGCACCAAUUAUUAGUCUCAGUAAAUUAGAUGCCUUUCUCAUCAGAUAAAGAUAUCACAUAUAUACAUAUUACUAUAUAACCAACGCUCUCACUGACAAGCAAUGUCAACACAACGGGCAGGUGACCUUGACAGGUGUCUGUUUUUUGUUUUUUUCAAAAUAGCAUUUCAAAACAAAGAUUCACCUGUUUUUGGUUCAGUCCCUGACAAUUUCUAUAGCUUGUGUCACUAUUACAUGGAAGUCAAAGUGGGGCUCUUUUUUCGUUGGGACCUCACUGCUUGACACAACUCGCAUGGUAGGUCCGAGGUCUCCAUUUUUUAAAGUCAAAAGCUUGAGGACAGGAGCAAAUGCCAAUAGCUACUCGUUGUCAAGGGCAGACAGGAUUUGCAGUUCAAUUGAGUUUACCUCCAGUGUUUUUCUCUGUCACAGGGUGUGUGUGUGUGUGUGUGUGUGUGU